UUCGUUAUUGUUGGACAUAGCUUCGGGCUUCCUGUGUCAGUCUGAAGAUAAAAGCAACAUGGCGGCCGAAUGCAAGGAUGAAUGCUGUUCGAGUUCUGAUCUUAAAAAGCCUGCCAAGGAGCUCACAAUAUUCGAAGCUGCUCAAGUUGGGAACAUUCAAGUUUGCCGCAACCUUGUGAGUGAACAUGGCAUCAAAAUUCUAAGUGAGCACGAUGAAAAAGGUCAUACGGCCUUACACUGGGCUGCUCUUGGUGGCCAAACAGAAGUAAUCAAGUUCUUUCUGAACUGUGGUGCAGAUGUCAAUAGACAAAGCAAGGCCGAUUACGGACCUUUCCCAAUCCAUUGGGCAUGYGUCAGUGGUCACAUAAUGGCUGUAGAUUUGUUAUUGCAAAAUGGAGCUAACGUUGAUUGUGCUGACAAUAAAGGCUGUACACCAUUAAUCAUUAGUGCACAAUAUGGUAGGACAAUGCAGGCUGGGUAUUUGAUUGGUAAAGGUGCCAAGGUUUACUUGACGGACUGUGAGGGAGAUAACUCUUUACAUUGGGCUGCAUUCAAAGGUAACAGUGAGACAGUCCAGCUUCUAUUGUACUCAGGGUUUGAUCCAAAGCAAAAAGAUAAGUUUGGACAGACACCAUUGCACUUAGCAUGUCUGAGUGGAGACCUGUUGACAGUUGAACACAUUGUGGACAUGGAUGUUGAACUAAAUCCUGUUGAUAAUAAUGGCAAGACACCUGUGAUGUUAGCUGUUGGUCGUGAGCACCAUGAGGUUGUUCACUUCAUGCAAAGCAARCUGAAUAGAUUUGUCAAAUGUAGUCUAAGGGAUAUUAUAUUUGGACCUCCAGGUCGGUCAAGGGUGGCUUUGUUGUUCUUUUUUGGUAACUUGUUCUUGUGGGGAUAUCCCAUGUAUUUUUAUGAUUGCCUUCCAUUAACAUGGGAAACACAUCAYGGUGCCCAUGUACUSUUCAUAGUUAUGAAUAUUUGUAUGUGGGUGUGUCUAUAUUUUGCCAAUUCAAGAGAUCCUGGAUUUUUAAAGUGUAAUACUGAAGAUUACGACAUGUGUUUAAAACAGGUGCCAUUUUUUGAUGAAUGGCAAGCAAAAACAGGACAAAAUCCUCUGGAAAACCUMUGCCAUACAUGUCGGCUUGUGCGACCACUUCGUGCUAAGCACUGUAGAACUUGUAAUCGUUGUGUUAUGCAAUUUGAUCAUCACUGUCCUUACAUUAACAACUGUGUUGGUCUACAGAAUAGAGCACCUUUCUUCUUGUUCACUGUCUGUAUAAACCUGUUAACCAUCCUAUCUGUAUAUUUUGCGAUUAUCAUGCUAAACAUUAAUGGAUUUAGUAUUAUAUAUGUCAUUGGUUUCCUGGAGUUUACAAUAGUCACCSUCCUGAUGCUUGCACUGGUGAUAUUUCAGGCUCAUCAAAUUACUGUAAACCUUACAACRAAUGAAAGAUUAAACCGUAGACGCUACAAGUACCUCAUAGGACCAUCAGGGCUGUUCUCAAACCCUUUUGAUCGUGGAAUUAUUAAGAACUGUAUGGAAUUCUUUCAUAUGAUUGAAAUCACAAGAACCAAGCAAAACCUGAUGUUUAAUGUAUAACAGGUACAGAAAGUAUCGUAAAACAUGUAGUUAUAUUAGAUAAAUAAUAGCAUAUCGCUAUAGUAAGUUUGCAAAACUCCUGAAAAAGUCAACAAUAUCUGUAUAUGCACAUACUAGUAUCGUAAUUUGAAAAAUGCUUAUAUUUUUAUAAUUACUAUAUUUUUUGUCAAAAUGUUAAAUCCAAAUGAUAUUUSAAUGUCAUAUCAACAAGAACAUCUAAUCAGAUUUUAAGCCACUUUUCUUUGUGAAAAUUGUUGAUACAGUUAUUUGUAAAAAUUCCCCCCACCGCUCCCCUCUGCACCAGUUUUUAUUGUCAUUAUUUGGACAAUGCAAAUGUAUCAAGGUGCACCAAAUGAAAUCUUCUGUCUGUCUAUAUAUCAAGGUCAGCUUACCGAGAUGAUUAUGGGAUGCCAUUUUGCUGAUAUUUUUUAUUAGAAAGUACUCGUACUGGACUAGCUCAUCAGUCCAGAAAUAUAUCAGCGAUCAUAUCCCAUAAUAUGUAAGGUUAUAUUGAUAUAUUUGAAGUAUGGAAGAGGGCGUCAAAAUUCUURCAAAUUGCUGUAUUUUCAGGAUUUUUGCAAAGCGAUAUGUAUAUAUGGUACAGUUAUAUAUUAGGAUUUUUAUUACAAGGACAAUUUAUUCAAAUUAAAUAUUACGGAAACUUUGCAAAGCACGUAUGCYAKCAUGAUA